CAAUCCAAUAACGUACACAUCUGGGGCUCGGCUCGACUCGUCGCUCAGGGAUAUAACUCGGACUCCAGUAAUCCGACCGACGAUGGCCUCCACAUGAGCCCAAAGGCGCUAAAUUACGCGAUUCAGAUACUGUUGAACAUGUAUUGUAACGAUCAAAUGAACUAUAAUGACGGCACCUGUUGUAGUGACCCGGAAGUGAUUACAACACUUCAACUAAUUGUAUUCGUUGUGUUCGCGCUCUUCAUUGUGGUCGCAAUCGUUAUCUUUUGUCACCGAAAGUUCUCCGCGAAGUCAUACAAAUGGCAUCUAUUGGUGAACGAAGACAUGGACGACGAGCCGACCGGCAGUCGACCCGCUGUCGCCUCUGAAGAGGACCAAUUAAUACAAAAUGAAGAAGGAGACGCUGUCUUGAUUAAAGAAAUACUUUCUCUUAUUCAUGAAGUGAGCUGGGUUGAAAAAGGAAGGGCUUAUGUGUUCGCUUUGGGCCUCUUCUUUACGGAAGAGUCUUCGCAUACAAUUGUCUUACAUCGCGACCAAACCGAUGAACUUAAGGGUUGGAUGCAAAUGAUUAUUUUGGAUAACCAGUGGUGUAUAGAUAAGGAGUCGCCAAAACCUGUGAAGUGCAUGAAGACCGUCUGCCCUCUCGUUAGUUUCCAUCGCUUGUGGAAGGUGAUAUUCCGGAUCAAUCUAUUAGUGGUGUGUCUUUGCCUAUGUAUGAACAGGCCGUAUCAGUUCUACUACUUUGUGCCACUCGUUUCGUUUUGGUAUCUAAUUAUUUACGCCACGUUUUACGCCAUUCCUCACGUGACUGCCGUCACUGCCGAUGUGUUAAAAUUUGUGGUACUCUUCAGUAUCAUAACAAUCCUAUAUAUGUCUGAAGUGUUCUUCGAGAAGAUCUUUCUGACCCGUCCGUGGAAAGCGUUGUUUGUCACUACAGAUGAUUCCCUUAAGGAGUGGUGGUUUCGAUGGAAAAUCGAUAGAUACGUACGAAUUUAUAUAAUGCUUGCAUUUCUACCCUCUCCCCUCCAGAGCGUUCCGGCCGGUAUGCUAUUCGCGUUUGGAUAUCAUUUACUCAAAAAGCAUCACAUAAUCGAUGACCACAAUCACGGAUACCUCUUCUCGAGAGGUCUCGGCUUUAUUGUGGCGUUCGCUUCGUUUGCGGGAAUAAUGAUGUAUGUCGUGUUUACAAUGAUUUGUCGUAAUAAACCCGAAUGCAAUGAAAUUCAUCCCUAUAUUUCAUUUAUACCGAUCGUGUCAUACAUAGUGUUACGUAACAUAUCGGGCCUCUUGCGGGUCAGACACAGCACUUUCUUUGCCAGAAUCGGCAAAAUAUCUCUCGAACUAUUCAUAUGCCAGUAUCACAUAUGGUUGGGCGCGGAUACUCACGGCAUACUAGUGCUGGUGCCGAGCUAUCCGGUGCUGAACGUCGUGAUCACGUCAUUCAUAUUCAUUUGCAUCGCUCACGAGAUUCACGAAUUGACACAUAAGAUGUACUUCACUCGACCCAACUUUUUCCUUCCCAUCGCUUAUGUGUUCGCUUUGGGCCUCUUCUUUACGGAAGAGUCUUCGCAUACAAUUGUCUUACAUCGCGACCAAACCGAUGAACUUAAGGGUUGGAUGCAAAUGAUUAUUUUGGCAUAUCACUAUACGGGCGCGUCUCAAGUAUUGACAAUCUAUAUGCAUAUCCGUCUAUUGGUCACCACAUAUCUAUUCCUCAGCGGUUUUGGACACUUCACGUACUUCUGGCAGACGGGAGACGUUAGUUUCCACCGCUUGUGGAAGGUGAUAUUCCGGAUCAAUCUAUUGGUGGUGUGUCUUUGCCUAUGUAUGAACAGGCCGUAUCAGUUCUACUACUUUGUGCCACUCGUGUCGUUUUGGUAUCUAAUUAUUUACGCCACGUUUUACGCCAUUCCUCACGUGACUGCCGUCACUGCCGAUGCAAAUCCCAUUCAAUACUUAUAUAUAGUGUUAAAAUUUGUGGUACUCUUUAGUAUCAUAACAAUCUUAUAUAUGUCUGAAGUGUUCUUCGAGAAGAUCUUUCUGACCCGUCCGUGGAAAGCAUUGUUUGUCACUACAGAUGAUUCCCUUAAGGAGUGGUGGUUUCGAUGGAAAAUCGAUAGAUAUAGCGUUCCGGCCGGUAUGCUAUUCGCGUUUGGAUAUCAUUUACUCAAAAAGCAUCACAUAAUCGAUGACCGCAAUCACGGAUACCUCUUCUCGAGAGGUCUCGGCUUUAUUGUGGCGUUUGCUUCGUUUGCGGGAAUAAUGAUGUAUGUCGUGUUUACAAUGAUUUGUCGUAAUAAACCCGAAUGCAAUGAAAUUCAUCCCUAUAUCUCAUUUAUACCGAUCGUGUCAUACAUAGUGUUACGUAACAUAUCGGGCCUCUUGCGGGUCAGACACAGCACUUUCUUUGCCAGAAUCGGCAAAAUAUCUCUCGAACUAUUCAUAUGCCAGUAUCACAUAUGGUUGGGCGCGGAUACUCACGGCAUACUAGUGCUGGUGCCGAGCUAUCCGGUGCUGAACGUCGUGAUCACGUCAUUCAUAUUCAUUUGCAUCGCUCACGAGAUUCACGAAUUGACACAUAAGAUGGUGAAAUACGCCAUACCGUCUGACUGGCGCUACACCACCAGAAAUAUUGUCAUAUUUUUGCUUUUUUUAAUACCCAUUGGUAUCAAAGACGGAAUGUUU